CCCGGCAAUCCCGUCCGGCCCGGUCUUCCGGGCCACGCGCCUUGGGUUCCGGGGCUGCAAUCUGUAUGCCUGUGUCUGCUGCGGGCGCUGAAGGGGAGCUCGCCGUCCGCGUUGGCUGCUGCUGCCAUGGAGAAAAGAGGAGGCGGCGGCGGCGGCGGGAGGGGGGGAUCCUGCUGGGCCCCCACUUCCUUCCCGGCCCCCUUCCCUCCCUCCCUCCGCCCCUGAGCCUCACCCCCCCAUGAGACUCUGCCUGGCCUGGCUGGGCUGCUACACCUUGUCUCUGUGGGCGCUGAGGAAGAGGAUGUGGGCUGGCCCUGCCAGGUACCUCCGGAGCCCUUUAUCCAGGUCUCUCUACGCCAACAUGAUGGGCAGCCACGGCCAGGCGGAGACGGGCAUCAAGGAGAAUCACCAGUGGUACUUGUGCAAUACGGAACAGCUGUGUGAGUCCCUUCAGCCAGUCUUUGUCCAGAGCUACCUUGACCAAGGAACACAGAUCUUCUUAAACAACAGCAUCGAGAAAUCCGGCUGGCUGUUCAUUCAGCUUUAUCACUCCUUCGUGUCGUCCGUUUUUAGCCUCUUUAUGUCUAGGACGUCCAUUAAUGGGUUGCUGGGAAGAGGUUCGAUGUUUGUAUUUUCGCCAGAGCAAUUUCAGAGACUGCUUAAGAUAAACCCGGACUGGAAAUCCCGUCGGCUUCUUGACUUAGGAGCCGGAGAUGGAGAGGUGACGAAAGUCAUGAGCCCCCACUUUGAAGAAAUCUAUGCCACCGAAUUGUCUGAAACCAUGAUAUGGCAGCUGCAGAAAAAGAAGUACAGAGUGCUGGGCAUCAACGAAUGGCAGAACACAGGAUUCCAGUACGACGUCAUCAGCUGCUUGAAUCUGCUCGAUCGCUGCGAUCAGCCAUUGACUGUAUUAAAAGAUAUUAGAAGUGUACUGGAACCUACGAGAGGCAGGGUCAUUCUAGCCCUGGUUCUUCCCUUUCAUCCGUAUGUGGAAAAUGUAGGUGGCAAAUGGGACAAGCCUUCUGAAGUGUUGGAAAUCAAAGGACAGACGUGGGAGGAGCAAGUGAACAGCCUGCCGGAUGUUUUCAAGAAAGCCGGCUUUGCCAUAGAGGCUUUCACUAGACUGCCGUACUUGUGCGAAGGGGACAUGUACAAUGACUUCUACGUCCUGGACGACGCCGUCUUUGUCCUCAAGCCUGUGUGACAGCAUCCCCCCAGCCAAACCCAAGAUGCAGCCUCUGCGAAUGAAGCGUUUUUGAUUCUCUUUUUUUUCCUAUUAAUUGCAAGAAGGGAGGAAGGAAUGAGAUUUUUUUUUUCUUUUAGUGGUUGUCAUUCGAAAUCAACAUCAUGUAUGAAGAAGUCUAAAAGGUCAAAAUACUAAUUUCUUUGUAGUAUGUGAAAGCGGAAAAAAGGACUGUUUUUUUAAAGACAGAACUAUUCCACUGUUGAUUUCUUAACCCCCGCCCCUACAACGCACCUGCAAUCCGACAAUAAAUCAAAGAUAUUUUUUUAUACCUAAUGACAGUAGGACUCAUGAUCCAGCAAUACCCAGGACUUACUGCUCCAACGGAUAACAUUUUGGCUGUUUUUUGUUCAUCAGAAGACCGUGCUGGCAAUAAAGCGGUCCAUUCUAUGUACGACAAAACUGGGUUGAUGAACAAGUGGUCGGAAUGGACUUCUCUUCCAUGUUUAAUGACAUUAUUUUAUCUGUCAGUCUUCAGCACAUGUUUUUAA